CAAAACAUGGCGAGUGAAUUUUGCUGUUGCACUGUUACGGGAGUUGUAGUGUUUACAGCGUUUAUCUAACGGGACGCCUAGGAGGAAAACUUUCUGAAGAGUUUUGUCUGAGAAAAAAGGAUUCCGAAGGUGGGUCGGUCUCAGCGUGAGUGAGCGUCUUUCUUUGCUCUGCCAGGAGCCAGGAUCAGACCAGGUAGGGGACCUGGAUGUGUCUUCACACCCACUGAGGAUGAUCUGAACUGGGAAGAAUCCUCCAAAGUGUCCCCCCUCAACAAAGACAUGGCCUCAGCGACGUCCAGCCCAGGAUCAGCUUCCCCCGGCUCGCAGGUUCACGCGGCAGCUGUCAACGGAGAUAGAAGCGUCCUCGUCAAACUCAUCACAGCGGAGCCCCAGUUGAGGGACCAGGAGGACCAGUUUGGCCGCACCCCCUUGAUGUACUGUGUGCUGGCCGACCGGCUGGACUGCGCUGAGGUUCUGCUGAAGGCCGGCGCCUCGGUCAACAAGACGGACCACAGCCAGAGGAGCGCUCUGCACUUGGCAGCACAGAAGGCCAACGUGCGCUUCCUGAAGUUGCUCCUGUCCAGGCGUGCCAACUGUCUGCAGAAGGAUUUGGAGGGCAUGACCCCCCUCCACCUGGCCACGCGACACCCGUCUCCCAAAGCCCUCGCCCUGCUGCUCAAACAUAUCGGGCCUGGAGAGGUGGACACGCAGGACAAAAAUAAGCAAACCGCUCUUCACUGGUCAGCAUUUUAUAACCGACCGGAGCACGUCCGCCUUCUCAUCAAGCACGAUUCCAACAUCGGCAUCCCAGACAGCGAGGGCAAGAUUCCUCUGCACUGGGCUGCACACAGUCAGGAGGCCAGCGCCACGCAAACUGUCCGCUGCAUACUGGAAGCAGCGCCCACCGAGUCCCUGCUGAACUGGCAGGACUACGAGGGUCGGACGCCCUUGCACUUUGCCGUUGCCGACGGAAACGAGGCAGUGGUUGAGGUGUUAACGUCUUAUGAGGGUUGCAACGUCACAGCUUAUGAUAACCUCUUCAGAACACCACUGCACUGGGCGGCGCUGCUGGGACAUGCAAGAAUUGUCCAUCUGCUGCUGGAGAGAAACACGUCUGGGACGAUUCCUUCAGACAGCCUAGGAGCAACACCGCUGCAUUAUGGGGCUCAGAGCAACAACGCUGAGACGGUCGGCGUGUUUCUGUCUCACCCGUCUGAGAAAGACGAGCCCGACCUGGAGGGCCGAACGGCCUUCAUGUGGGCCGCCGGGAAGGGAAGCGAUGAAGUCAUCCGCACCAUGCUCACCCUCGUCCCUCGCAUCGACAUCAACAUGGCCGACAAGUAUGGCGGCACCGCGCUCCAUGCGGCCUCUCUGUCGGGCCAUGUGAGCACGGUGAAGCUGCUGCUGGAGAAGGGAGCGACAGUCGACUCCCUGGACGUCAUGAAGCACACGCCGCUGUUUCGUGCCUGUGAGAUGGGAUACAGAGAUGUUAUCCUCACGCUCAUCAAAGGCUCUGCUUGUCCGGAGCUGGUUGAUGUGGACGGUCACACUGCUCUCCACUGGGCAGCUCUGGGGGGGAACGCCGAGGUCUGCCAGAUACUGAUGGAGAACGGGAUCAGUCCCAAUGUCCAGGAUCACGCAGGACGCACUCCAUUGCAGUGCGCUGCAUACGGCGGUUACAUCACGUGCAUGGCGGUUCUGAUGGAAAACAACGCUGACCCAAAUAUACAGGACAAGGAGGGGCGGACUGCGCUUCACUGGUCCUGCAACAACGGGUACCUGGAUGCUGUGAAGCUGCUCCUGGGCUACAACGCCUUCCCCAACCAGAUGGAGCACACCGAGGAGAGAUAUACGCCUCUGGACUACGCUCUGCUGGGGGGGCACAGCGAGGUGAUACAGUUCAUGCUGGAGCAUGGCGCUCUGUCCAUCGCCGCCAUCCAGGACAUCGCCGCUGCCACCAUCCAGGCCGUCUACAAGGGCUACACCGUCCGAAAGGCCUUCAGGGAGAGGAAGCAGCUCCUCAUGCGACACGAGCAGCUGCGCAAGGACGCAGCCAAGAAGAGAGAAGAGGAGCAGCGAAGGAGAGGAGCGACACAGCAUGUUGGAGUGGACGGUGCGGACAAACGAAGGGUUUCACUUCUGAGCGCAGAGCAGGAGGCGCUCUCCUUAACGAACAUCGUGGAAGACCUAACCAUGAACGACUCAUCUGUCGAUACAAAGAAACACGCCAUGGUCAAAGAAGGGAGGCAUAAAGGCCAGAAGAUCAGGAUUUCCAGAAGAAGUGUUGCAGCUGAGCGACAAGAAGCGUUGAGCUGCAGCUCUGCCCUGAGCGACCGCUCUCCAGCCGAAGCCUCGCAGCACACCCGGCUGAAGAAGCUUCUCUCUCCCACCGGCUCCAGAGAGCCUCCCACUCUUAAACUCACACCUCCCACAGCGGCCAAGGCUGCCAGAGAGCGGUCUUCCUCUGUCGCGUCCACUGCGUCCGCAACGGCCUCCUCUGCGGCCCGAGCUGAGGCGAACUCAAGAGACGGGAGAAAGAAAGACCCUGCCGCGACUGGUCACUCUUCACGCAAGCACCGGAACCACAAGGAGCCGAGUUCAGAGGUCAGACAUCAUGCUCCAUCACUGAGGAACAGCUCGUCUUUAGAUCACAAAAGGCCCCGCAGGAAAACGCAGCCUGGCGGGAGGGAGCAGGAGAAGGAGCAGGUGAGGAGGAACGAGGCCGCACGGAUCAUCCAGCGAGCGUGGCAGAGGUUCUGUGCACGCAGGAGGACAGAGGUGAGGGCCUGUGAAGAAGCCGAGCAGAGCAAGUCGAGCUGCACCCCUGGAAGGAAAAAAGUGGAAAACAGACCAGCGCUUGGCAAACCUGCGUCGAGUAAAAGCUCUGUGCUGCAGAGCAUCUAUGGCAACUCUAUGGCGAGACAAGGACGCUCGCUUCAGGGAUCUCAGUCUCACCUCCUGCUGAACGUUCCCCUACGCACCCAGAGUCAGUUGGGCGGUUUAGACUGCAUUCACCUGACCGGCGCCUUGACUCAAGCCAAGCUGUACUCCUACCACCUGAGACCACAGAGCGCAGGACAGGGGACGAGAGGACGGGGCAAACAGUGAACACGCACUGUGUUUGCCAACAGUGAUUUGGAUACACAGAUCUGUUUUAUUGGGAUUUUAUGAGGUAGACUACCACAUGGCUUUUGUAAUCUUGAAGUAAAAUUCUAAAAAAAAAAAAAAGAUGUGGCAUGGUUUUUGUUUUCAAGCUUCAAGUCUUUUGGGGCUCAUCUAAACAUUGAAAUAUUUUUUUCCCCCCCCAUCUACAAUGGCACUAAUACACUGUCAUAGAGAUUAAAUUGUUCUGCCCUGACACAAUCGAAGACUUGGGAUUAAUAUAUUUAAAGCCAACUUGCAUCUCUGUAAAAUAAAUGUAAGACAUUUUGA